GGAGCCAAAAUCGUAAUUUACUCAUUUUAUUAUAUUUGUCAUCGCCGGAAAGUGUACGACGGAGUGACGGACACACACACCGCCAUCAAACACCGAAAUGACGUCGCGGACGCUCCGGCAGAUAGGAACCGCUGCAACUAUCGAUCUCAUCGGCGAAGACCUUCUUCACAACAUCGUCGGUAGACUUCCGGCAACCUCUUUCGCCUCCGCCGCUUGCGUCAGCCGCUUUUGGAAUCUCGUUUGCGAUCGCGUCCUUUGUCGUCCCAAGCUCUCCUCCGCAUGCUCCCCCAAUCCUUCUCUAGAGGUUGCUGUAGAAGAAGUGGUUAAUAAAGUAUUAUCGGAGCCGAUUCGUCCUCACUUUGCCAUUGCUUCUCUUGUUGGUUCAUUCGAAAAUUAUGAAGCUGAGGACGCUUUGGAAGAGGCUCGUGGCCUUAUUACUGCGGCGGUAGGAACUCAUGUUCCAGUCAUUACUCAUUGUUCCCUGGGAAUAAUCUCUGAUGAAUCCCAAGAGGUUACCUACAUGUUACCUAUUGCCAGCCCUGCAUAUAGGGUUUUUAACCCGAAUGUGCUGAUACAGGGGAAGAGUAACAGUAACAGAAUCAUGUUGACUGUUGGAUUUCUACCGGGGAUGAAAGUCACAGCAAUCCCACUUUUACAGCAAAUCGAGGAACCAGAAACUCUCAUGUUUGACAAAUUCGUAACAGACAUAAGGGAGUUCUCAACUUCGGUUUCAGGGUGUAACUCCCCUGCUGCCAUAAUAAUGUUCGGUGACCGGUACCAUGAUGGCAUAAUCAAUGUUGUGGAAAAGAUGGAUUAUGCUAUGUCACCAAAAACCGUCAUUGUUGGUGAUCCUUUCUCUCGGUUCCAAUAUACCAAGGAUCCUCAUGAUGUAUAUGCUGCUGUUGCCUUGGUAUUUGCGGUGGAAAGGAAUAAACCUCCUGGUAUAGGAGAAACCCAGUUUCAUGCGGUAUUAGCAAGUAGAUUGUCACCUGUAGGCCCCACAUACAAGGUAUCAUUUGUUAGAAAGAAUUCGACUUGGAUUGCUGCAAGAAGAGAAGGGUCACAUGAGAAUAUUGAUGGUGAAACCCUUUUGAAUCAAGUUUAUGAUGCACUAGGAAAGCGUAUUCCUCGUCGUUGUUUGUUCAUUGCGGUUACAAAAAAAAGAAAAUGCUCCUUUGGUCAAGAAAAGGCCGGAUGUAUGACGUCUCUUACAUUCCAUAAAGUUAGUGGGACUUCCCAGGAGUAUCUUCAUGUUUUUGGUGUGGACAUCAAAACCGGUGAUACAUUCCGUUUUUAUCACCCAAGUGACGCUGGUCUAUCUUCUGUCACUGCUGUCUCUAGCCAUUUAAGAUCUUUCAAUCAAAGGGGCAACAACACCACUGGUGGUGAUAAGCACGAGGUGUUUGGCGGCCUUAUAUUCACUUGUGGUGGUGAGAAUUUCUUUGGCCAAUCAAACAUUGACAGCUCCCCCUUUUUGGACAACUUUCCCGGUGUGACACUUGGAGGGACACUUUGUCGCCGGGUGAUUGGACGUGGUGUUUUAACUCUGUAUCCUAAAGAAUCUCAAGGACAAAAGGCGGUGCGAAGUUGCGUGCAUCCUGGCGGUAUUGUCUAUUUAAUCAUGUCUUACACCCCAUGAAAAUUAAUGUGGUUCUAGUGUUGUGAAUUGGCCGGAAAGAAAGGAUACACAUUUACCUAUAUGAAGGUGUUUUUUCAAGUUGCUUGAAUAUAUGUAUUGUGGGAGGAUGUUAUCGAGUGUUUAUGUCAUGGUUUAGUAGUAGUUUUAUGUCCUAAGAUCGCGUGUUAACAUGUAAUUUCUUCCUUGUAAAAUGUCAACUUCUUUUUUUUUUUU